AUGGCGCUGUUCCUCCUGUGCCUCCGCCUUAGGAGACCAGCAGCUUUGGCCCUGCGCUGCCCCAUGGCCCCGAGCCUCAGCAAGGGCCACAGCAAGCUGAGGCACAGCUGGCGCCACGGGUGCCUCACCAAGCACACCAAAUUCAUGUGGGACAUGAUCAGGGAGGUGUGUGGCUUCGCGCCCACUGAGCAGUGCACCAUGGAGCUGCUCAGUGUCCAAGGACAAGCAACGUACAAGAGUUCAUCAAGCAAAGGGUGGGCACGCACAUCCCUGGCUAAGAGGAAGCCGGAGGAGCUUAGCAACAUGCUGGCAGCCAUGAGGAAGGCAGAGGCCAAGAGGGACUGA